AUGAAGGCUAACCCCCAAUACAAGGCGGCCCUCAAAAUCCAAACCCGGCUACAAGGCAAAGAGGACAUCUCCCAAGAGGAGAAGUCCAAACUAGCCUGGGCUGAGCAAAAGGUAGAAGAGGGGCGUCUCCACUACGCGGAGCUGCCUCAGAUGAAGGCGACGAAGAGCGAAUUCGCCAAUAGGGUUGAGGAGAUGAUGGUCACCAAAAGGCAACGCUGGAUCGAGAGUGCAAAGGACACCCCGGCGGGCAAGCGGCAUCGCGGGCCCAAGGUGGUUAUCCCUCAACCUUCUAAGACGAAGAAGCCCAAGCAGAAGGCCAAGGUGAGCGACGUGUCCAAGAGGCACCUCAUCGUGGCCCUGAUCGACCGCAGCGACGAAAAUGGGAAGAUGACGGCGGCGCAGUGGAAACAGGUCCACGCCCAGCUGGUAGACUGCCUUUUCGCGCGAAUGGAGGAAGCGCCGGACGCUGCCAUGCCUACCUUUGACGGUGCGGGAUGGCUGAACGGGGUGAAGAUCCUCAAAUGUAAUGAUGACCCGACGAGGAAGUGGCUGUUGCAAGUGGUGCCCAAAUUGGAAGCUCUGUGGGAGGGGGCCAAGCUGGAGGUAGUGGACAGGGAGAUGAUCCCUUCCAUCCCAAAGGCGAAGGUGCUCUUCCCCAUUGCAGUCCAGGGAGACCGAGCACUGAAACUUCUCCAGAGGCAGAAUACAGAGGUGCCUACGGCGGACUGGAAAAUCCUGCAUGCUGGUAGCCCGUUACCCAAUGAGGGGGGCCAGCACAUGAUCAUCCAGAUCAACAAGGAGGCAGAGGACAUCCUCUACCCGAGAUUCGGGAAGAUGGCAUGGGGCGUAGGCAGUGUCUACCUACGUCUCAAAAAGCGCCACCCCGAGGACAAGGACGCGCAUACCCUGCAGGUAGGCGAGGUGGAAAAGGACUUAGGUCUGGAGUCCAUCGUAGAGGCCGCCCAGGAUCUUGCGCUGGACGACUCUGAUGCCGCAGAGGACGAGGACGCACUGAAGACCUGGCUGCGGUGA